AUAGCGUAUCAUGCUAGCGUGUUGUACCUAAAAAUGUGUGAAUUGGCGCGCUUUUCUUCUACAGCCGCAUGUUCGAAUCCUAGCCAAAGCAUGCGAGAGACUUUUUCACUGCGUGGAAGUGUUUGGGUUGAGGAAGUUAAAAGAAAAUAAUGAAUUUGUGUGUUUUUCUUCCUUGCUUUGCACUUUCUAAAUAAACUUUGUGUUAUCUUGUGUUGUUUGUGUGGGGUAUACAGUGGGGUGUGAUUAAAAUUAUAUCAUUAACUACACUCUCUUAGUAUCCACACUACUGCUCACGUUAUACAUAUAUCUACCCUUGGAUUUGUUCAUGUAAAACCCUGAAUAAUAUGGUUUUGUAUAGUAAUGUCCAAGGUACAAUAAAUAUUCGCUAUUUCAUAGUUUAUCUCGUCAUGUUAUGUGUGACCGUUAGACUUCCCAAGGAAAAUAAAUCCGAUGAUAAAUCCAACGUCGAUGCAGGCGAUGAUAAAAAGUCAGCUCAAAAGGACAAACUCGGUGAUGCCAAGGAGGCUAACGACUCCAAAGACGAUAAUGAUGCGGCCGAAGUUGAUGAUAAGAAGACUGAAGGUAAGGAGAAGAAUGGCACAGUAGCGGGUGCUGCAGGCGGCGCCGCCACAGCGGCUGCUGUUGAUAAAAAGAAGCCAGCCAAGGAGCAAGGCAAAGAGAAGAACGACAAAAAAGCUGACAAAAAUAAAGAUGAUAAAUCUGAUGAAGAGGAGAAUGAAAACCAGGAAGUCGAUGAAGAUGAUGAGAAUGUGGUGGCAUUAGCCGAAAUUGAUAGAAUCAAUGAUAAUAUAAAUAAGACACGAGUUGAUGGACUACAAACGUUGCACGAGAUCUGUUUCAAUGCUGUCGGUAAAAAUAAUGUUGUUAAAAAGAAUUUACGCUCAUUUGCCGGUUUCGAGUUUGAGAAGGACUCUAGUGAAUAUAAGAAAAAAUUGGAUGCCAUUAAGAAGACCGAUGCGAAGGCACUUAAGGGUAUUUGUGAUAUACUAGCGUUGGCGGGCAAAGGCACAAAAGAUGAAAUUGCAAAUCGUGUGCUCAAAUUCCUUAUGGAACCAGAUGAGUCGCUCUGUGUGGAUGAAGCGGCUGAGGAGGAGGAAGAAGAUAUGGACGAGGAUGAGGAGCCAGUCGAUGAUGAUGAAGAGGUGAGCGAAGAAGAGGAGCGUAAACGUAAACCAACCAGUCGCGCACCAGCACGAAAUUCAUCAAGUGGCCGCCCUAGACGCGCAACUGCUGGCAAAAAAAUGUCCGCCUAUGUUGACUUCUCCAGCUCAGAUGAAAGUGAACGUAAUACAGCGCCGGCCAAGCGAAAGCGUCACGAUGACUCCGAGUCGGGCUCAGAUUACAAUCCAUCUGGUGGCAAUUCCGAUUCGGAUGGUGCACGUGGUGGUGGCCGCAAGGCAUUAGCACGCGGCGGACGCGGUGGACGACCAGCACGUAAAAGUUGGAAAAAGAAUUCCGAUUCCGAAGAAGAAGAGUUUGAUCUCUCCGAUGCAGAUAGUGAUGUGCCGAAACGUAAACGCGCAACACCGGGUAAGCGUGGCCGACCUGCUGCUGCUGCCGCCACAAAUAAACGUGGUACACGUGGACGUGGCGCCAAACCAACCAAAUCGCGCAAACGCAAAGACUCAGAAAGUGAAGAUGAAGAAAUUUCUGAGGAUGAGGAGGAAGAGGAGGAGAUGUCCGACUUUGGCAGCGACCAGAGUGAGGAGGAAGAGGAGUCAAAGAAAUUCAAAAAACCCUCAACGCCUGUGAAAAAUGCUAAAGCUAAUAACAAAGCUAAAACGCCAGCUAAACCCGCUGGUCGACCGAAAAAAGCCAGCAAAAAAGAGGAGGAGGAAGAGUCCGAUGAUGAGGAUGAGCCGCUAAACAAAAAGGGCAAGGCGACAUUCCCCACGGACGAACAAAUACGCAAUUAUGUUAAGGAAAUCUUAGAUAAAGCCAAUCUCGAAGAGAUCACCAUGAAAACGGUGUGCAAGCAGGUGUAUGCAAAAUAUCCCGAUUUCGAUUUAACAGAUAAAAAGGAUUUCAUAAAAGCCACAGUAAAGGCGUUAAUUGCGGCAUAAAUCCAAACAACAAAAUAUGUGCAACAACACUCACACUUUGCAAAUCCUGCAAAUGAAAAAGCGCAGCAGCAGCAAACAAAAAAUAUUAAAAAUAAAUAAAAUAAACUAAACGAAUAUCAUUUCAAACAACAACAACAAGCUGUCAGUCUGCGCCACAGCAACGGUGUAUUUAUAAUAAGCUAUUGAAUAUGUUUGUAGUGACGAAUUCGAGAGCUUUUAAGAUUCCUUUAUAAUUUUGUUCAUAUAAGAUUGCUUUUCUGCAGAAAAUCCCAAACCCCCCAUCCGGCUCUUCCUAACUGGGUGCACCAAGCGCACUUUUAUAUAAAAAAAACGUAUAACUCUUGCUAAAAAAAAUAUUUUUGAUUAUUUGACUAAUUUUAUUUUUACUACUGCGUACACAAGUAAUGUGUAUGCGAUUGAUUAUUUGUAAUUGUUGUAUUUUUUCUUCUCCUACUUUUCGCUUAACAAUAUUAUACAACGUUCUUAUGCUCAUUUUAUACUUGAAUAGUGUACUUGACACACACACACACACACACACACAUUUAUACAUAUUAUAUAAUAUAAAUUUUUUUCUUAGUUCUAAAGCAUUGUAUAAAUACUAGAUUUUCUUAUGACUUUCAAAAAUGUAAACAAAAGAUGACGAAAAAAAGCGAAAUGAAAAGAAUGUGGAAUGCAAGGCAAGCAAAUUUGUAGAAUUUCUGUAAAAUGUUUAAUUAUAAAAUAAAGAAGAUAUACAUAUAAAAAUAAAAACAAAUAAAAAAAUAUAAAAUGCUAAUACAUACAUA